AUGCAAUGGAAAUACAAGAGUUUGAAGGGACGAUGGCUGUGGGUCUUGUUUUUUUUGAUAUUGCUACCGAUUCUCGUAGCCCAAAAAAUCGGUGACCCUUAUAAAAUACUUGGUAUUCACCGAAGAGCAUCCCUCACUGAAAUACGUAAAGCUUAUAGGCAGCUUGCUAAAGAAUGGCAUCCAGAUAAAAACGAAGACCCAAAUGCAGAGGCUAGAUUUGUGGAAAUCAAACAAGCAUAUGAGUUACUAUCAGACACAGAGCGUAGACAAGCAUAUGACUUGUAUGGUAUAACCAAUGAAGAUGAUCACAUGUAUAAACAAAGGCAUGAUUAUAGUCAAUAUGCAAGAUUUAGUAAUGAUCCUUUUGAAUACUUUAGUACACACUUCAGAACACAAGACCAAGAUAUAACACUGUUCCAUAAGCUGUCAGUCACUGCAAGGCAUUUUGAAAACAACAUCCUUGAAAAGAGUGUCCACACACCAGCUCUAGUUUUAUUCUACACAGACUGGUGUUUUGACUGUGUCAGAUCAGCUACUUCUUGGAGGCGUCUGGUUGAAGCCCUACAACCAUUAGGGGUUACCAUGGCAACGGUUCAUGCGGGACAUGAGGCAAGCUUGGCGAGACGAAUUGGUGUUCAUGGGGUCCCAUGUUUGACCUUAAUAUUGGAUAAGCAAGUAUAUAUUUAUAAGGAGGGAUUGUCUUCUUUGCCUAAGAUAUUGGAGUUCAUCCGUUGGAAGUUCCCAUACAAGCUGGUUCGCAGUCUAACAGACAGUAACGUGGACGCGUUUGUGAGCGACUUCGAAGAUAACAAAGUGAAGGCUCUGAUAUUUGAAGAGAGACAGAAUAUGCGACUGCGUUAUUUGAUCACUGCCUUCCAUUAUAGAGAUAGAGUGUCCUUUGCAUUUGUUGACAUAACCGCCUACAACACGCAGAACGUGUCAGCUCGAUACAAAGUGCAGAGAAGUAUGGACACGAUGGUGUUACUCAAAGAGGAUAGUACGGAGCCGGCGGCAACGGUCAGCACUACAGAGAUACCCACGCAGACGCUGAGGCAGUUGAUUGAAGCCAACCAGAUGUUGACUUUGCCGAGGUUGUCUUCUCAGAGCGUGCUGGACGCGGUGUGCCCGGUGGAGUGGCGCGCGGCGCGGCGGCGGCUGUGCUGCGUGCUGAUCGCGCGCGCGGGCGGCGGCGGGCGCGGCGCGGCGGCGCUGCGGGCGCUGGCGCGGCGCGCGCCCGAGCGCCUACGCUACGCGUACGUGUACGCGCACGCGCAGCCGGACUUCGUGGGCGCGCUUGCUAACGGCUCCGGUAUCGAUAUAUCGACUGUAGAACACCGUAUAGUAGUGAUCUGGAGAAGAGAAACAUCUAGGAUCCAGUAUGAAUGGCUCAACGAGACCUGGCCCACCUGCAACCACUGCCCUGACGAGGAUGAGGCGAGGGAUGAAGAAGCUAUCAGAUACCACGAGAGACUAAAUGAGACUAAGCGAGCUUUGGAACAGUUGGUGAAGAGGCUGCUUAAACCUACUGAGGUUGUGGCUUAUGAGACUCGGAUACAGGAGCUGUGCGACGAGGCGGCGCUGGCGGCGUGGUGGCGCGCGGCGCUGCGGCUGGCGGAGGCGGCGGAGCGCGCGCUGGCGGCGCUGCGCUCGGCGCACGCGCUCUCCGCGCUCUCCGUGCUGGCCACCGUGGCCGGCGUGCUCGCCGCCGGCUACUUCAUGGCGUACCUCAUACGUAUAGAGGAGGAAUCGGUGCAGCGGCAGAAGGAGGAACGUCGCAGACAGAACGGCACCAAGCGCAACAACAACGAACCGCAGCCGGAGAUGAGGCUGCACGAGCUGCGGACUGAGAAAUAUAACGGAUUGGUCAGAUUGCAGAAACCAGGCUGUCGCACGAUUGUUUUGUUGGUGGACGUGCAGAGUCGUGUGCAGUUGUUGUCGAAAUUCCACAAGAUUGUUUGGCCUUAUCGCAAGAACAAGACGCUGACGUUCGCGUACCUGUGCGUGGAGCGCAAUGUGGCGUGGUUCCAGCGCGUGCUGCAGCUGUCGCUGGGCGGCGGCGAGCUCCGUGUGAACGCGCGCAACUGCGUGGGCACCGUGCUCGCGCUCAACCCGCACCGCAAGUACUUCUGCAUCUAUCACGCCAAGCACCCGGAGUGCGCCAAGCCCCACAAGCGCAUGAGCCGCAUGACGGUCUCGCUGGGCGGGCGCGCCGCCGAUCCCGAGGCGGGCGCCUUCAUCGGCUUCACCACCGACCCCGACUCCUCCGACGACGACCGCUACGAGCCGCCGCUGCUCUUGCAAGAAAAUCUUCUAGACGGUCUAGAAAACUGGCUAGACAGAUUGUUCGAGGGAAGCACCCAUCGAUACUACGUCAACUACUGGCCCGAUAUGACGUCGAAG